UCUGAUUUGGCUGUGGGUCCUGACAACGCCUCUCUGAGGCAAAGCACGAUUGGUGUUUACGCCGUUGCCGUAUUACUGAAGUUAGAUGUAAUAUGAAAUCUUGUCUGCUAGUGCAGACAUUUGUGAGAUGAGAUGGAGGAAAGAUGGAACUCCAAAACUCCUGGAAGUUUUUCGAUAUCAAAAGGAUCUCCAGUGGAGCCCUGGCACAGUACUCCUGUAAAAAAGAAUGUUUUUGCUGCUAAAGAGAACCCAGAUGUUUCUUCCACCAAACUCAGAGAUGAAAACAGAUCACUGAGUCUGCAUGACCUCUCAAAACCGAUGUCCUCUUUCUCAUUAAUGCAGGAUUUUCAGAGCCCAGUUAAUGGAUUGGAGGUCUCCACUAUCCAGAGGCAGCGGCUGGAGCUGCAGCUUCUCAUAGCAGAACUGAAGGACCAUGACCAGGAGCUCAAUACUAUGGCAGCAGCCCAUCACAAGCAGCUGCUGUCCUGGGAACAGGACCGUCAAAGAGUGCUGAUCCUGGAACAGAGAUGUGCCCGACUGGAGGAUGAGCUGGAGAAGCGUAAUGAAGUGAUCAGAGCUCUCAGUAAGCAGACAAAGGUGUCGGAAACGAGAAAGAAAGAUGUGUACAGAGAGCUCAACAGCUCCCAACAGCAGCUUCACGAGCUGAGCCGCAGACAGAUGAACAUCUCCAGACAUGAGCACGACUUGGAGGAGAGGAACCAGAGUCUGGACUCCACGGUCAUGAUGCUGUCAUCACAGCUGGGACAGCUGCAGGUGCGCGAGGUGGAGGUCAGCUCCAUGCUUAAACUGAAGGAUAGAGACGUGAUUGAGGCCACCAAUCAAAUUUUAGAGCUGUCCAGUCAUUUGUGUGAACUAGAGAAAUCACUUGAAGAGCUGCGAACACGUGAGAGCAAAAUGCUGCGGGAAAUGGAGAAACACAAACACUGUUUCAGAGAGAGCAGACAUGAAAACACACAACUGAAAGCUGAGCUUCAGGAGAAAACCAUUGAGAACAAUAACCAGAGAGAAGAGCUCAUCCGCUUAAAGCAGGAAAACCAGCUGUUGAGGAAAGACAUCACUGCUGUUGAACUUCAGAUGAUGAAUGAAGAUAAAAGCUGGAGGGAUGAAUUACUUGAACUCUCCCGAUCAAAACAAUCUCCAGCUGAAUCUGAGCUGCUCUGUAUGCGGCAGGUGUGUGAAAACCAGAAAAAUGACCUCCAGCUGCUAAAGCUGAACUUGGAGAGCACCAGAGAGUCUCUCCGACAUCAUGAGGGUCAAAGGUCACGGGAGAGGGCUGAUUCUGUUUUAGGAGACACUCAUGUGCUAGAAUACAGUGAUCAUCAAGAAGGGACAGAACUAGAAACAGGGCUAAUGUCCAUCCUGUGCCACAGCACAAGCAGAAAUGCCACAUCGGGUUUAACACAGCAUCUUUGUGUUGAAAUGGAAACGCAGACUGACUCUGAGCAUGACUUUAGCGCAGCUUUGAGUGCAGCAAACCAUGAAGUCACAGAACAGUCAGCCGUAGAGGAAAGUUGCUCAGGGGCCAACAUUACGAACAGCUGUGCAACUAGCCAGUGUGACAUCAAUGAGCAAGAAUCACCCAAGAUGGUAAUGAAGGAAAGAGCGAACAACUGUGUUGCGCCGUCAUCCCAUUCUCUCUGCUGUGAUAACGCUGACAGCCCAUCAGAAGAUCCACAGAGUCGGGCAGUGUAUACUGACACUAGAGCUGAUGUGGAUUUAAUGGCUGUCAUUGACUAUGAUUCAGAGACAGGAACUCCUGUCUAUGUAGUCGAUGUGGAUAUCAGUCCAAGAUUCUCUUGUGUUGCAGAUCUGAGCCUUCUUAAUCUGAAUUGCCCCUCCCCCUCACACAGAAGUAGGCGGAGCUCUGUCUGUUUACUUGAUUCUAUGCUAAGCAUUGAACUCUGUGCCAAUGAUGUAGCUUGCCAUGGCAAUGAGGAGAGCUAUAGCUCAUCCACAACACGGCUACAGCGUCUGCUGGCUGAGUCUCAGGAAAUGGUUUCAAGUUUGGAAAGUUCUACCAAGAAAAAUGUCAGCCCGACAGAACCUCAGAGCCCAAUGAACUGUGAUGCUGGUUGUCACCGCCAAAGUAACUAUGAAAACAGCAGCCACUCCCAAACCUCCACCCAUAACCAAACACGCGGGCAAAGCGACUCCCAGAUUGAAAGCAGCCCACGUUUGCAUCAAGGAAGAAAGUCAUGUGGUCCCUAAAACCAUGAGAAGCAGCGAAUCCCCGUUUACUAUCAUCUUCUCUCACUGCUUUUAAAAAAAACAUCAGUUUUUUGCAACCAAAGAGGAGUUUUGUGAAGAUAACAAGUUAUUAUUUUUUUUAACAAAUGCUGUAAUUCUAUUUUUUUAUUUAUCAAAACCUAUUUUUAUGAAACGUAAAAAAAUGAGCAUUUAAUAGUUAAUCCUACAGAAGCACUUCAGCACUUCCUCUGACCGAUGUAAAGACAGGUGUUAUUAAUAAACAUCUUUCUUUAAGUAAUAAACCUGUCCUACAAGAUGACACAAUGGUUCUGGUUGUUUUUUUUUUGUUUUUUUAUCAUUCCAGUUUAACUGUCAUCUAACCUGUUUGGUGAACUGUGAUGUGGCUCUUGUCUGGAUCAUCAUCUUUUACAUCCGAAAUGCAGUCUUGUUCCCACAGAAAAGACAAAGAGCCAUCAGCCUUAUCAAAAGCCACUGAAUUGCAGUAUAUUUGCCUGAUCUCAGGACAUCUAAAAGAACAAUAAAGCUCUUUACAUGCUGUCA